GCUCACACUUCCUUUUCGCACGUGUGCCGCCAUCUUGGUUUUCCCUUCGAGGGGCUUGUUCAAUAAAAUCAAAAUGUCGCGUUUUUUCGCGCGAGAAAGCUCCGGAAGCGAAAGCGAAUCGAGUGAGGAUGAACAGCCCGUAGUUGUGAAGGCAGCCCCAGUAACCUCAAGGAAUUUCAUGUUCAGUGAUGAGGAAGAAGAAACUAAACGAGUUGUUAGGAGCCAGAAAGAUAAACGAUUUGACGAGUUGAGUAAUGUGAUCAAACAGCUUAAGAACCACAAGAAGAUCAAAGACAUGGCAAAAUGUUUGACCGAGUUUGAGAAUUUGGGAAGGGCUUUCACUAAAGCCAAAGCAGUAGUUGACAAAGAGGGCAUCCCCCCGUUCUUCAUAAGGGCCUUGUCUGAGCUGGAAGACUUUGUCAAGGAGAACUGGGAGGAUGCAGAAGGUCGCAAAAAGCUCAGCAAAAUCAAUGCCAGGGCUCUUGCCACCCUGAGGCAGAAGUUGAGAAAAUACAGCAAAGAUUUUGAGGACGACAUUGAAAAGUAUCGCGAGAAUCCAGUCCAGUCUGGGGAAUCAGAAGUCGAGGAUUCAGAAUCAGAGGAUGACUCUGAUGAUGACUUUGCACCAAGACCUGAAUCCUUCAAGAAGAAAGGAGCCCAAACAAAGAAAGCUGCUAAGACUGAGGAGGACGACAGUGAUGAUUCUAUUGACUGGGGCUCCAGUGAUGAGUCAAGCUCUGAGGAAAGCUCAGAGGAUGAAAAACUCCCCCAGGAGCUCCAUGCUAGCAUGUUCUUAAAGAAGGCUAAGAGUGAUGGCUCUAAACCAGAGAAGAAGAAAAAGAAAACUCCAAAAAUCAGGGAGAAGGAUGAGGAUAGUGAAGGCUGGACAGAAGUUAAGGGAAUCACGGAGAAAGCCAAGCACUUGUUUCCCAAAGACACUGAAAUCACCGUCCCUGUGGUAUUGAAAAAGCUUCAUGAAAUUAUAUCUGCAAGAGGGAAGAAGGGUACAGAUAGAACUGAUCAGAUAGAGUUCCUAAUGGAGCUGAGAAAAGUAGCAGAAGAGGCCAAGUUAGGAGAGGCCAUGACUGUCAAAUUGAUGUUCAAUAUAAUUUCCUCUAUCUUCGACUAUAACCCGAACGUGGCAACAUGCAUGAAGGCCGACAUGUGGCAACAAUGCUUAAAGCAAAUAAGUGAAUUGAUCGCAAUCCUUGAAAAUAACUCGGGCAUCUUCGUAGGAGAGCAUGUGAUGGAAGAAAAUGAAACUUUUGAUAUGAAAGAAAACCAGCAAAGAAUCCGUGGUUGUGUGCUUUCUGUCAUUGAGAGAAUGGACAAUGAGUUUACCAAAAUGCUCCAGGGAUGUGAUUGCCACUCCACAGAAUAUGUAGAAAGACUGAAAGAUGAGAAGACAGUCACUGAUAUCAUCAAGAGACUGCAAGCAUACCUUGAGAAGAAUGGAACCCGAGAAGAGCUGUGCAGAAUUUAUCUCAGAAGGAUAGAGCAUAUCUAUUACAAGAUUGAUGCAGAGAUGGUACAAAAGGACAAAGAAAAGCAGGAUGUCGAAAAGGAAAAACAGGACAAUGAGAAGGAAUCAGAAGAGAAGAAAUCAGAGGAUGAGGACAGUAAAAACACCAUGGACUUCCUCUGCAAGUACAUCUACUCAAAGGACACCUCUGACAGGAUCAGAACACGGGCCAUGAUGUGCCAUGUGUAUCACCAUGCAUUACAUAACCGGUGGUUUGCGGCACGUGACUUGAUGCUAAUGUCGCAUCUGCAAGAGACAAUUCAGCACUCAGAUAUCUUGACUCAGAUCUUGUACAACCGCACCAUGGUACAACUAGGACUGUGUGCCUUCAGACAUGGCAUGAUCAAAGAUGCCCACAAUGCACUGCACGAUGUGCAGUCCAGUGGUCGAGCUAAGGAGCUUCUCGCACAGGGUUUGAUGCAGCAGCGUCAAUUUGAAAGGACCCCAGAGCAAGAAAAGAUUGAGAAAAGAAGACAGGUCCCCUUCCACAUGCACAUCAACCUUGAACUCCUUGAAUGUGUGUACUUGACUUCUGCUAUGCUGUUGGAAAUUCCAUUCAUGGCAGCACAUGCUUACGACCACAGAAGAAGAGUCAUCAGCAAAAGCUUCCAUUACCAGUUGAGGCAGAGUGAUAAACAGACACUUGUUGGUCCCCCAGAAAGCAUGCGUGAGCAUGUUGUUGCCGCAUCCAAGGCCAUGAAGACAGGAGACUGGAGAAAGUGUAAAGAUUACAUCCUUGCUGUUAAGGUUUGGAAGCUGUUUAGUUGUGCUGAUCAAGUGAAAGAAAUGCUGACAAGAAAAAUCCAAGAGGAAAGCCUAAGGACAUACUUGUUCACGUACAACAGUGUUUAUGACUCCCUCAGCCUCCACACGCUUGCAGAGAUGUUUGAUCUUCCUCCCAGUGUUGUCCACAGCACCAUCAGCAAAAUGAUCAUAAAUGAAGAACUACAGGCGUCCUGGGAUGAGCCCACACAAACCGUUGUGAUGCAUCGCGGGGCAGAGCCUACACUCGUCCAAAACCUGGCUUUGCAGCUGGCUGAUAAGGUUGGUAACCUUGUUGAGAACAACGAGCGCAUUUACGAGACGAAGCACGGUGGCUUUUAUCAGUUCAAGGACCGCCAGGGACAAGGCCGAGACUUCAGACAAGGGCGUGGCCGCGAUAGGGAUCGUGACCAAGGUACGUCUGCCUACCAAGGACAGGGCAGAGACUAUAGGCGUAACCGAGAUAGGGACAGAGAUCAAGGCGAUAGACGCUUCCGACAACGAGGCCAACAACAAGCUUAUUAGCCUCACAGUGAUUGGUACAUUACGAUUCCUUUGAGCUGAGUUGACAUACACAACACAUCCUAGACUUCUGGGAAAACGUUCAAGACAAUGAUCGACUUGGAUCGUUCUACAGUGAUCGACUUGGACGCUAUCCUGAAGGGUUGCCCUGAAUUGAAAUACACCACACCUGACUUCCUGGAAAACUCCUGCUGUGAUUGACUUGGUUCUAUCCCGCGGUUGCUGAGGGUGCAUCUAUAGGGUCUUGGUUAUAAGAUAUAUACAAAUCCAGACUAACAAGAUGGUACAGGGUCGUGCAGCGUGUGAAUAAGGACGUGGCUAUCUGUGCGCCAAUUCGCCAUGGCGUACCUAACUUAACCGCACAAAUAAAAUAAAAUGUAUCACGUAGAAACAGUUGUCAUAUCGAUAGCUCUUUUGAGAAAAUUGGUUCAAGUCAGGGUAUAGUAUUGGCUACGCCUCCCAAAUGUAUAAAAUGGGCCGUCUCGUAAUUUCCCGAUAUCUGUUAACAUCAAGGGUUUUACCUUUGGGAGUACCCUUUCGUCUCGUAUUUUCUAUCAGGGUAACACAAGGCCCGGGGGACACAUGUUACAAUACUCUCGAAACACUAAAAGCUGUGGAUUGUUAUUUUAUUGAUGUUGUGAAUAGAAUAAUAUAAAGAAUAAAAUAGGAGAUCCAGGC